ACUAAUAUAUAGCUGCUUUGCCUCUCACGAAUUACGCACCAAAAGCGAAGCCAGGCCAGACAAGGAGAGAUCGAACGCUACUUCCAUGGCCUCCAACGCCCUUCAUCUCUUCCCCAGCCGCUUUUCAUCCAUUCUCCGAUGUAAUUUGACGUCGAGUUUCUCGAUCAAUCCUUCUAAGAUGACCAGAAGGUUAGCCGUCUCCACACGCCGCACGUCUAGCAUGACCGCAACUGGAGAGAACAAGAGCCAACCUUUGGAACAAGAGCGUGUGAGCUUAAAGAAUUUUUUUGACCAAGCCAAGGAUCUUGUCACAUCAGAUGUCGGACCACCUCACUGGUUCUCACCUUUAGACUGCGGUCACCCCUUACACAAUUCCCCCUUGCUUCUCUUUUUGCCGGGAAUUGAUGGCACUGGACUUGGACUUAUAAUGCAUCAUCAGAAACUUGGAAAGAUUUUUGAGGUCUUGUGCUUGCAUAUUCCUCCUAAGGAUCGAACACCAUUUACAGACUUAGUGAAGCUGGUUGAGAGAACAAUUCGAUCAGAGCAUCAUCGGUCACCUAAUAGACCUAUAUAUCUUGUUGGAGAAUCUCUUGGAGCAUGCAUUUCACUAUCUGUGGCAUCCCGUAACCCUGAUAUCGACCUUGUUCUAAUUUUAGCAAAUCCGGCAACGUCCUUCAGCAGGUCACCACUUCAACCCAUAUUACCAUUACUGCAGUUCAUGGCCAACUUACCCAAUCAUAGUCUUCCUCAUGUAGUGAGUUCAACGGCAGGUGCAAUGGCUGAUUUAGAUAAGGGAGUUGGUGUUGGGGCUGAGCUAUUACUCACCUCCUUUGAUCCAAGCUUGCUGCUUUAUUAUGCAACUGCUCUUCACAACUCCAAUCUGCAGGUUCUUGCUGAUAUCUUACCAAUACAAACACUUCUGUGGAAGCUAGAAAUGAUUAAUUCAGCUUCACCGUAUGCCAAUUCACGCCUCCAUGCUGUGAAAGCUCAAACGCUGAUACUUUCCAGUGGAAGGGAUCCAUUGCUACCUAGUCAAAAGGAAGGUCUAAGACUCCAACGGCUGCUAGCGAAUUGCGAGAUCUGUACGUUUCAAGACUGCAGCCAUUUCCUCUUCUUGGAAGAUGCUUUUGAUUUGGUAACUGUCAUCAAGCAGGUUGGUGUCUAUCGUCGUUCAAAAGAACGAGAUUUUGUUUCGGAUUACAUACCACCAUCCCCUUCCGAAUUAAGAACUUUACGGGACAAUAACAGGUGGAUUAACAUCAUGAGCCCAGUGAUGCUCUCAACUUUAGCAGAUGGGACAAUAUUGUGGGAACAAAAAGGCAUCCAUCUGCGAGGGAUAGCACAUCCAAUGAUGUUUAUGAAAUUGAAACAAGGAAAUUUAGUUGAGUUACCCUUUUCCGACUAUUUCAGACUGAUGGGUGCUGUUCCUGUCUCGGGAAAAAACUUUUUCAAGCUACUCUCUACAAAGUCUCAUAUCUUACUGUAUCCUGGUGGAAUUCGUGAGGCUCUUCACAGAAAGGGGGAAGCAUACAUGUUAUUCUGGCCAGAACGGUCAGAGUUUGUGAGGAUGGCAGCUAGAUUUGGAGCGAAAAUCGUACCUUUUGGUACAGUUGGAGAAGAUGAUUUUUUUGACAUAUUACUCGAUUAUGAAGACCAGAUGAAAAUUCCUUUCCUCAAGAAAUAUAUAGAUGCAUUAUCGGAUGAAGUUGGAAAGCUGAGGACUACCGUUGAUGGGGAGGUAGGAAACCAAGAUGUAUACUUCCCAGGAAUUCUACCAAAAUAUCCCGGCCGGUUUUAUUAUUUCUUUGGGAAAACAAUUGAAACAGACGGGAGGAAGCAGGAAUUACGAGACAGGCAGAAAGCCCAAGAGUUGUAUUUACAAGUGAAAUCAGAGGUUGAGAACUGCAUUGCUUAUUUGCAGGAAAAAAGAGAGAGUGAUCCUUACAGAAGCCUUGUGUCUCGGCUACUCUUCCAGGCCAGACAUGGCUUUACAUCUGAAGUUCCUGCAUUUGACCUCGAUUAA